UUACUCUCCCAUCUGUAUAGUUAGUAUCGACGUUAAAGGUCUGCUGAGAUAUAAGCGUAUCGUAUCGCGUGGGGUCAUCUUGAGGUCGAAAUUUUUUAUUUUCAACCGACAGCACAAUAGCAGAAUGUAUCCGCACCCGGAAUUGAAUAGCUUUCUUCAAGGAUUCGACGCGCGCGUGCCGAAAAAAGUCCUCGAUCGCAUGGUCGACAAAGCUAAGCUCGAUAAAAAUGCUCAUUACGGGCCCAGAUCGACGAUUCCGAGGUUGGCUUCUACGCAGCCGCAGUGUUUCGCUCCCAACGUCGACUUGACUCGGGCGAAGUGUGCUUUCGGCUCGUUCGCCAUAUCCAAACUGAAAAAGGAACUGCACAGCCAUGACCCUUUGAUAGUGCGACAGGCGGUGACCACCUUGGGAGACCUUCUGGUAAAUCCCGAGAAAUUGAUAGAAGCUGUGAAACUCAACAUAGUAGACAGGCUCUCGGACCUUUUAAUUUCGGAGGAUCCUUAUCUGAGAGAACGAGUCGCUCUGGUUUUCACGACCAUCGCGAACCAGUCCGCGGGAAGAGAGUCGAUUUUGAAGAACCUCGGCGUCGUGGCGAAUUUGUCGAAGGGACUGAACGAUUGCCUGGCUGCUGUUCGGCUGAAGGUGGCUCUGGUCUUGGAAUCGCUUGCUCGGGACUACUGCGCCGCCGAUAUGCUGUGCAACUGCGGCUUCGUGGAAUCCGUAGCUGCGAAGCUCGACGGGGAGAGGAACGACAUACUGGUCGUCCGUCUGGAAAUCCUGAGGUUCCUCCUCUACCGCGACGUAAAGGUCCGAGCGAUCGAGGCAGGGGUCUUCGAGAAGCUAACGACACUACUCGAUCGAAAGAACGAACGUGUCAUCCUCAGCGUUCUAUCAUGUCUGUCAGUCCUCUGUGAGGACGUCAGGGGCAAACGAAGGGCCAUCGAAGUGGAUCUGCUGAGCUGCUUGAAAAUCUUCGUAGAGGACGAAAGGGAGUCGGUGAGCGCGGAAGCCUGUCGUCUCGUAUCGUUCGUUACCACGACGACGCCGGGAAAGUUGCGAGUUUUGGAACUGGGGAUGUUGCCGUCGCUCCUGAGACUCGCGACGGACAAGCACCGUUGUCGGUCUAGUGCUCUUCUCCUCGCGAUUAUGAAGGCUCUGACUAACGUUGCGGAGGCGCCGAAAGCUCGAGCCAUCCUCCUGAGGAACAUCGAGAUUAUCGAGGCUAUCAACGUCGGCUGCAGUGAGGUCCAGCAGCACCACAAGCAGACUCUGCUGGACGUAAUUCUCUGGAAGCCUUAGAAGAGCUCCUCUCUGUAUGCGGAAUCGAUCUGCCUUGUACUAACUCCUCGCGAAAUAAACCAGUUUUAAAAGCCAA